AUGCAUCUGCAUCUCCGGCGAAUUAAUGCAUUCAUGAAUCAUGGCAUCCUCGCCUUCAACAAGCGCCUUCAAUUCAAGGAGCUCCUCCCUGGAAACAGUGGCCGCCUCGCUUCCAACCGGUACUUGCGCCUCAUGGGCCUCGACUGCACCGACAUCGUCCUCGCCGUUCUCCUCGGUCUCUACGCCGUCUCGCUCAACGCACGCAUCGGGAUUUCUCCCUGGUUGGGCUGGGCUGAUACCCACGACGAUUUCUCCCGCGUCGACCAGAUACCAGGAGUCCUAUGGCGCGUGGGCAAGACUUUCGUGACCGCCGUUGAACUCAGUCGAUGGUCCAUCGUCGUCUGCGCCUUCAUCUUCUCUUCUUCGGCUUUGCCGACGAGGCCCGCAAGCACUACCACAACUACCACAUUGCUUUCGAUCCCGUUUCCAAGCGUGUCGGAUACACCACUGGCGGAACAAUGUCCUCCACCGGCACUUUCGACGAGGAGCGGACAUGCCCUGGUAUGGGCUCUACUGGCACUGGCGUUACCCGUCCCGUCUUCGUACACACCGAUAUGA